AGAAAACAAACAUGGUCUCCACCCCAUCUUGUUCGCACAUUAACCCGCACUCAUAUCAGUAAUCUUCACGCAAUUUCUCCCUCUUUCUCUCUCCUCUCUCUCUCUCUCUCUCUCUCUCUCUCUCUCUGCAGACAAAAAAAUGGAGUGUAUUGCAGCAAGAGCAUUGAAAUCAAGCUUUCUUUCCGAAAUAAUUCGCAUGAAUUCAAUUCCACAAGCUUCCUUUGAAGAUUUCUGGUGUGUUAACGUCUCCUCCGAUGAAUUCUCCGUUGAUGAUCUUUUAAACCUCCCCGACAAAGAUUUCAGUAAUCCUGGUGAUGAUACUUUCGAAGAAUCUUCCGAGGAGGAUUUCGCUUCGGUUUCUUCGCAGGAUAACGACACCGGUUCGAUGAAUUCGAGCAUGUUUUCUAGUACUGCUGACCUUGUCUCUCUUUCGGCCGACCAGCUUCCGGUUCCGAUUGAUGAUAUGGAAAACCUAGAAUGGUUAUCACAAAUUGUGGAUGAUUCCGUGCCGGAGCUUCCAACUUUGUUCCCGGCGGUGAACCGGUUUGAACCGGUGGUUAAUGUGUCAUCUCGGAGUUUCACGGUUUUGGGGUUACCCUAUCGGGUUCCGAAAAAGUGUAGAACCGACCGGUCGAGAAAAGCAAGCCGAGUUUGGUCCACCGGGUCACUCACUGAGUCGUCAUCGAGUUCAUCGUCGUCUCAUGACUCGUCGUCUAUAACUUCUCCUAUCCUUUUCAAAAUCCCAUUUUAUUCCACUGAAGGUUUUGAAAAGCCGCCGGCUGUGAAAAAGCCGAGGAAAAGUCCGGCACACCAAACCGGACGCGGGUCAAGUGACUCACUGAGUCAACGUAGGUGCACUCAUUGUCAAGUUCAAAAGACACCUCAAUGGCGAACCGGUCCAUUAGGUCCCAAAACAUUAUGUAACGCGUGUGGGGUCCGGUUCAAGUCGGGUCGGCUUUAUCCGGAGUAUAGACCGGCUUGUAGCCCAACUUUUUCCGGUGACGUUCAUUCAAACAGUCACCGGAAAGUGUUGGAGCUCAGAAAGAAAGAAAAAGAAGUUGAACCGGUUCAACGCAUGGCAGUUCAGUAGCUUCGGGUUUAUCGGUUGACCCGGUUCGUUGUCUAGACCAAGUCCUGUCUACAAUGUUGGUGGCCCAAUUUGUAGACUUUAGUUAGGUUGAUAACGGCAGGUUAGGGAGGCAUGAUUAGGGUUUAAUAAUUUUGUUUAAUGAGUGGUACAAUAUGUAGUACAAAUAUUUUAUAUUUAAGUUUUUGUUGUUUAGAUAGUGUAUUGUAAUUGUAGUUUAUUAAAUCUUUUUGAAACGAUAUGGUUCAUGUCGUUUUCGUAUUUCAAACUUUAGUUUAAA